UAAUUUGUACUCUGAGCCUGUAGGUCAAGGAUUUCUCCGACCAGAGUCUGGAUCUUUGUGUGUGCAAUGGUUUGUGUGAUUGAGUUGGUGGGCCUGGACGCAGACCACGGGGCAAGAUAAUAGUGGUAUCUCAAGUCGAUGAGGGCGGAGCCUUCCUGGUUUACAUUCAUGUUUGCUCGAAUUUGCAAAAACUUCCUGACUUCUAAGAGCCUGAAAGAUGAAAGUUGGGGUGCACUCCAAUAUGGGCUACUGAGGGAACGGCAGGAUUUUGAAGACAGCUUUGGGUGCAAAAGAACGGGGCCGAGUGCACGUGGCCCCAGGCGAGUCUCGGGCCAGAGGCAUUUUUGUCUCUGCCGCCGAUGCGUCCUUAGAGUGACGACACGAACAGCAUGGGCCUGCAAGCUUUCUUGUCCUGCUUUGGUUGCCUAUAUUUACGGGUUUUCUUUAUUAGGCGCAAGCUGAUGGUGCAUCCGCUGUGCGAAAAAUGUCGCAGUGCUGGGAAGAGGCGAGCACGGCUUCAGCCUGGCACAGCCAUUCCUGGCCUCCAGACAUGGAGAAAAAUCUGGGCGUGUUUUUUUUUUUUCACUUUGUUUAUUCUGGGCUGUUCUGCUCUGUCUGUUCUGUCAUUCCACGUGCUGCAUAG